AUGUCAACAUUAAAUAAUUUCUUUUCAAAUUUAUCUGCUUCAACAGGUGGAGCUUCCACAGACCAUUUAAAAGUAGUAUUCACAUUACUUGCAUCAUAUCCCAUAGCAAUAAUAUACAAGUAUUUACCGUCACGUAUUCCAGCGGUUAAACACUUAUUUUCUAUAACUAUAUCAAUUAUAGUAUUAUUUUAUGUUUUCGAUUUAGCGAAGGCAUUUUAUACUAUGUUGGCAAGUUCUUUGAUUUCUUAUCUUAUAAUGUAUUAUGUAAGAGGAGCUUGGGGCCCAAAAUUGGUUUUCUUAUGUUCCUUGGGACAUUUAAGUGUGAAUCAUCUCUACCGGCAACUUAACGACAUAUCGUAUGAUAGAUAUGAUACGACAGGUCCGCAAAUGGUAUUGGUUAUUAAGUUAACUUCCUUCGCGUUCAACGUAUAUGACGGACGAAGACCAAUUAACGAAUUAACAUCAUAUCAGAGAAGUAAAGCUAUUCCAUCAAUUCCAUCAAUUCUAGAAUUUUUUGGAUAUAUAUUCUUUUUUGGUGGAUUCUUGGUUGGGCCGGCAUUUGAAUUUAUGGAUUAUCGUCGAUUCACCAAUAUGGAAAUGUUCCGUAUCGAGAAUAAUUCAACCGAACCUGAACGAAAAGAUAUCAAAAGUCAGCAAGUUAAGCUUGUAAAUCGACAUAAUAAUAAUAAUGUUAAAUAUCAUGUACCGAACGGAUUCAUUCCUGCUAUGAGUAAAUUGAGUUUUGGUAUUUUUUGGAUCCUUUGUCUGGUAACUAUUGGAAACAAAUAUCCAUUUGAUUGGACUUUAACUGAAGAAUUUAAAAAUAUCUCCUUUUUGGAUAAGUUCAAAUAUUAUAUUGUUUGGUUGGUUGCCGAAGGAGCAUGUAUUCUUUCUGGCUUAGGAUUUAAUGGAUAUGAUGAACAUGGAAAUGCAAAAUGGAAUCGUGUCUCAAAUGUCGACAUAAUCGCUUACGAAACUGCCGACAAUGUGAAAACCCUUUUGGAAGCAUGGAAUAUGAAUACGAAUAAAUGGCUCAAAAAUUACGUUUAUCUUAGAGUGACUCCACCUGGAAAGAAACCAAGUUUCGUUUCAACUUUUACUACUUUUGGAAUAAGUGCUAUUUGGCAUGGAUUUUAUCCUGGUUAUUAUUUAACUUUUAUAAGUGGAGCAUUUGUUCAAAGUAUUCAUCGAACUCUCCGUCGUCAUAUUCGACCAAUUUUCUUAACACCAAGAUUUAAAUCAUUAAAGCCACUAUAUAACUUUUUCGGUUGGUUAUUCACACAAACCAUGAUUCAUUAUAUAAUAUUACCAUUCAACAUUCUUUCAUUAAGCGAUUCUUUAAAAGUUUGGGAGUCCAUUUAUUUUUCUGGACAUUUAACAAUCGUCUUGGUUAAUUUAAUAUUUUUAUUAGGUAUUGGUAAAUCAUUUAAAAAGAUUGUUCAAAUUGGUGGCGGUAUUGAAAAUGAAGAAUUGAAGGGAAAGAAAGAUCAAAUUAAAAAAUGGAAAGUUGGUAGUAAGGAAUUUGAUGGUGAAGGAAAAGUUGCUGUGACUGAAACCGGUAUACCAUUGGAGGUUGAUAAUGGUUUGGUGGGUCUUAAGGAAGAGUGA